AUGGCAAACGAAGAAAUCUCUAAAGAUCUCGUGAAAGAAGCUGAAACUUCUGGAGAGCAAUUCUUUAAUAUCAUGGAAAAGAUGGACUGGAGUCAAAUCAAUUUACCCGUUCCAGAACAUUCCAUUAUUUCGAAAAAUGUUCAAUGUCUUGCCCCAUCUUCAUAUGAAUGUUCAAAUAUUCUUGGUAAACUGAAAGCACCGAAAAUGGAAGAACAAUCUGCUGACUUAAAAAUACGUCAGGCACAACAAUCGAAGGUUGUAUUGGAUGUUACUGCGGCCAUGAAGAAUACAAUAAACUCAACUGAAACAUUCUCUAAAAUUCCAGAACAAGAGAAAGCAACAUUCACAAAUUUUGUUGGGAUAAUAUCUACUCAAGAUUUGAGUACAAUGGGAACAUCAUCAGUAAGUCAAACUGUUCAAGUCAAUUAUUCUGAAGCUCAAGAGCAAUUGGAAGCCAGCCGGAAACUUGUUGCCAAGAACCUGACUAUUUUGAAGUCAGAAAUCCGUGAAAGCAGUGAAGAAGUGGUUCAAGGUUUCUGGAAUACGGCUUCAGAACAGGAAAAAGUGGGAGCAAUUGUGUGUGAGAAACUGAAAAGUAUUCAUCAUUCUCUUCAAACUCAUGCUAUCAGAACAGUUACUGAAAGCCUCAGUCAUGAUAUCCGAAAAGAGCAUCAAAGUCUUGUCGGGCAUCAUUACGUGAAGUUGUCACCGAGAGAAGUCGUUCAAGCUGCAUUCGGAAUUUCAUCCGAAUCUGUAGAUCAACUUUUAUCUCUUAUUGAGAACAUAGAUUGGAGUGAAAUUAAUCUAGCAGAGUCAGUUCAUUCAAAUAUUUCGGCAAAUGUCAGAGCUCUUGCUUCAACUUCAGCCCAGUCGUCUGGAAUUCUUGAAAAACUUAUAGCUCCUAAAACCGAAGAUGCUUCUGUUAAUAAAGAAUUCCGCCAUUUGAAUACUGCCAAAUGUGUUCUCAAUGUGAUCUCAUCGUUCAAUUCAUCAGUAACUUCUGAUUCUUCUCUGCAUCGAAUUUCGGAGGAGGAACAAGCUAUCUUCAGCAACAUUAUUGGUGUUAUGGCUUCAAAUAACCUCACAACGUCUUCUGAAUCUACAUCAUCAUCGUUUGGAUUCAACAACGUUUUCGAACUUUCAGAAGCCAGAAGAGUUUUAAAACAGACGAACCAGCAAAGUUUGACAGAGAAGAUAAGAGAAUCAUCUGAAGAACUUUUCCAUGGAAUUUGGAAUACCGCGAAUGAACAAGAGAAAGUUGCAAUUGUUGUCAAAGAGAGAUUGGAAACUGUACACCAAUCCAUGAAGACUCUUGCAAUCCAGAUGGCAACGUUGUCUGUGAACAGAGAAUUGGCUGGAAAUGAAGAAAACCUUGCGUCAUUCAGGAGUGUCGUACUGCCAACUAGAGAAGUUGUUCAAGCUGCAUUUGGAAUAUCAAAUGAAAAUGUGCAACAAGUAUUGGAAGUUUUGGCAAAAGUUGAAUGGAGUAAUAUUUUGUUACCAGAAAAGGAACAUCGUAUUCUCACCAAGAAUAUCAAAGCACUUGCUGAACCAAACUUCAACUGCGACAGUAUAUUAGGACAACUGAAUACUCCAGAACAGGAAUCAGAAAGUGCUGAUAUGCUUCUGAAUCAAAAACGGAAAGCAUCAAUUGUGGUUCAUGUCAAAUCAGCUGUUGAAUCUGCGAUUUCCAGUGAUUCAGUGUUUGUUAAAUUACCUUCUGAAGAGAAAGCAGUUAUCACAAAUAUGGCUGGAUUAGUUGUCUCGAAUGACUUGACAUCCCUGUGCAGUAGUUCAGAAACAUUUGGAUUCCAACAAAGAAUUACACGUAAUCAAAAUGCAAACAUUCUUCUUUGUUCAAAGAAUUCGCAGUCGCUUUUACAACGUCUUCGUGAACCGAUUGAAAACCAAAUACAAGGAUUUUGGAACACUGCUUCAUCGCAAGGAAAGUCAUCACUUGUUGUCAAACAGAAAUUGGAUACAAUGUAUGAAACGCUGAAGACGAUCGCUAGUCAAAUGAUUUCUGAAACUGUGAAUCAGAACAUAAAGGCUUCAGAACCAGAUGCUGAGUCUAUCAAAGUUAUUGAUAAGGCGGCAAGAGAAAUCGUCACAGCUGAAUUCGGUGUCAGAAGUGAAAGUGUUCAGACGGCACUCGAAGUUUUGAGUAAAAUUGAAUGGAAUGCAAUUUCAUUACCAGAGAAAAUACAUCAAACAAUAUCGAGAAAUGUCAGAGUACUUGCCGAGCCAACAUUUAAUUGUGACAGUAUUCUCGGAACACUCAAUCCACCGGAAUCUCAAGAAGCUUCUACGGAGAAAUCUUUUGCUGAUUCGAGAAUAAUUGAAGUAGUUUCCAGAAUAAACUCCGCCGUAGAAUCUGUUAUAUCCAAUGAUUCGGAACUACGAAAGUUGCCAGCUGAAGAGAAAGCCGUCAUCACCAAAAUAGCUAGACUUGUAGUUUCAAAUGAUUUGACAUCGAUGACAAGUACUUCAAACUCGUUUGGUUAUAAACAGACCGUAUCUGCUCCACAAAGCACAGAAAUUCUUCUCGGAACUCCAGAAUCCAUGUACUUGCAACAACAUCUGCGAGAACCAGUCGAAGAAAGAAUUCAAGGCUUCUGGAGUACUUCUUCACCACAAGAAAAAACAUCAUUCGUUGUAAAACAGAAGUUACACUUUAAAUACGAUGCAAUGAAGAUGCUGGCUAUGCAAAUUGCCUCUGAAUCUGUGGAAACUGAAUUGAAAGGAGCAGAAAAUAAUGUUGAGUUAAUGAAGAACCUUGGAAGUUCAACAAAAGAAAUCAUCAGUUCAGCAUUCGGAAUUACCAGUGAAACGGUUCAAAAUGCGCUUGAAACUCUUUCGAAAAUUGAAUGGACGGAUAUUUCAUUACAAGAGAAAGAGCAGCAAACUGUUUCUCAGAACAUCAGAGUUCUUGCUGAACCAAAUUUCGAUUGUGACAGUAUUCUUGGAAAGCUGAGUGCACCCGAACCACAAUCUGGAACAACGGAAAAGAAGUUUGUCGAACAGAGAAACAUUUAUCUUGUUUCAAAUGUCAAAUCUGCGGUUCAAUCAGUAAUUUCUCGAGAUGCAACACUUCAAAAGUUACCGGAAAAUGAAAAGUCAGCUAUCAUAAAGGUAUCUGAAAUCAUUGUAUCGAGUGACUUAACUUCAAUGAGCAGUUCUUCGUCUGACUUCAAACUUCUACAGCAAUCAUCUGAACAAGGGAAUGUCGACUUUUUAUUGAAAUCUCCAAACUCUCAAACCCUGAUUGAACAUCUUCGUGAACCGAUUGAAAACCAAAUACAAGGAUUUUGGAACACUGCUUCAUCGCAGGAAAAAUUAUCACUCGUUGUCAAACAGAAAUUGGAUACAAUGUAUGAAACGCUGAAGACGAUCGCUAGUCAAAUGAUUUCUGAAACUGUGAAUCAGAACAUAAAGGCUUCAGAACCAGAUGCUGAGUCUAUCAAAGUUAUUGAUAAGGCGGCAAGAGAAAUCGUCACAGCUGAAUUCGGUGUCAGAAGUGAAAGUGUUCAGACGGUACUCGAAGUUUUGAGAAAAAUUGAAUGGAAUGAAAUUUCGUUACCAGAGAAAAUACAUCAAACAAUUUCGAGAAAUGUCAGAGUACUUGCCGAGCCAACGUUUAAUUGUGACAGUAUUCUCGGAAUACUCAAUCCACCGGAAUCUCAAGAAGCUUCUACGGAGAAAUCUUUUGCUGAUUCGAGAAUAAUUGAAGUAGUUUCCAGAAUAAACUCCGCCGUAGAAUCUGUUAUAUCCAAUGAUUCGGAACUACGAAAGUUGCCAGCUGAAGAGAAAGCCGUCAUCACCAAGAUCGCUAGACUUGUAGUUCCAAAUGAUUUGACAUCGAUGACAAGUACACUUAGUUCCUUUGGUUUAAAACAGAACUCAUCUGAUCUCCAAAACACAGAAAUUCUUCUCGGAACUCCAGAAUCCAUGUACUUGCAACAACAUCUGCGAGAACCAGUCGAAGAAAGAAUUCAAGGCUUCUGGAGUACUUCUUCACCACAAGAAAAAACAUCAUUCGUUGUAAAACAGAAGUUACACUCUAAAUACGAUGCAAUGAAGAUGCUGGCUAUGCAAGUUGCCUCUGAAUCUGUGGAAACUGAAUUGAAAGGAGCAGAAAAUAAUGUUGAGUUAAUGAAAAACUUUGGAAGUUCAACAAAAGAAAUCAUCAGUUCAGCAUUCGGAAUUACCAGUGAAACGGUUCAAAAUGCGCUUGAAACUCUUUCGAAAAUUGAAUGGACGGAUAUUUCAUUACAAGAGAAAGAGCAGCAAACUGUUUCUCAGAACAUCAGAGUUCUUGCUGAACCAAAUUUCGAUUGUGACAGUAUUCUUGGAAAGCUGAGUGCACCCGAACCACAAUCUGGAACAACGGAAAAGAAGUUUGUCGAACAGAGAAACAUUUAUCUAGUUUCAAAUGUCAAAUCUGCGGUUCAAUCAGUAAUUUCUCGAGAUGCAACACUUCAAAAGUUACCGGAAAAUGAAAAGUCAGCUAUCAUUAAGGUAUCUGAGAUCAUUGUAUCGAAUGACUUAACUUCAAUGAGCAGUUCUUCGUCUGACUUCAAACUUCAUCAUCAAUCAUCUGAACAAGGGAAUGUCGACUUUUUAUUGAAAUCUCCAAAUUCUCAAACUAUGAUUGAACGUCUUCGUGAACCAAUAGAAAAACAAGUUCAAGGAUUCUGGAGUUCUGCAAGUUCGACUGAGAAGCAAGAAAUGUUCAUGAAAGAAAAGAUCGAAACGAUUCAUGCAAUGUUGAAAACAUUCUCAGCUUCCCUUGUUAGUGAAACAGUUCAUCGAGAUUUCAUGGCUACUGCCCAAAGUCUUGCAGCUCUGCACUCAAUUCGAUUGACUCCGCGAGAGAUUUUGUGUUCCGCAUUUGGAAUUUCCAAUGAGCAAAUGAAUGAAACUUUCCGUGCAUUGAAUGAAGUCCACUGGAGUGAAAUUGAGAUUCCAUCGAGUGAAAGAGAGCAUUUGUUGGCUAAUUUGAGAAUAGUGAAUGCUGAUGUUCCGAAUGUAUUUGGAAAUUUGAUCGGUCGACCAGAAGAAAAUCAAGAGAUUUCCACAGUUCUUUCUGAAAAACAACAUGUUUCCUUUUUAUUGAAUCUUCAGAAAACACUGGAACAAUCUAUUGACAAUUCAUCAACAUUUUCAAGGAAAAACGAGCACAGCGGAGCUCAAAUUUCAAAUGUAAUAUCUUUGAUUACUUCGGAAAAUUUGGGAGAUUUGAUAUCUCAAGCUGUUCAACUCGCUCAACCAAACAUGUCUGAAGAAACGAUGAAAGAAUUCGAAAUUCCACAAAGAAUUCUACUUGAUAGAGUUGUUCCAGAGACUACCGAAGAGUCGAUUCAAUCAUUCUGGAAUACAUCUCAACUCUCUGAAGCAACCAUAUCAACUAUUGCUCAAAAACUAUCGACAUUAACUUCAGAAUUUGUUGUUUCUGCAGCUAAACAAGUGAGCACUUCGUUAACUUUGGAUUACCGUAGAAAAAUAUUCAAUCAAAACUCGGAAGUGAUCUUCGGAGACGUUACCAGAGAUGUCGUCAAGGCAGCUUUCUCGGUCUCUGAUGAGACUUUGAAUCAAUUAUUCUUUUAUCUAGAACAAUCUGAUUGGAGUCAAAUCAAGUUGACAUCGAGGCAAAAAGCGAUUCUAUCAGCAAAUGUGAAAUAUGUGGCAACUUCAAAUCUGAGUACUCUUCUUGGUCAUCUCGUCUCUAAACCAGAAGAAAUCGAACAUUCGGAAGUUUCAAUGGCAGAAAAACAACGAGUGGAAAUUGAAAAUACCUUCAAAAUAAGCAGUAUUCUACUGGAAAGUAGUUUGUUGAGUGAAAACAGUGAGGAGGAGAAAGCAACAUUGUCAAAUCUUGUGAAACUUCUCACUUCUGUUGAUCUGAAAACAGCAAUUCAAAAGGCGGCUUUCGACAAAAAACCUGAUUCCCUCGAAGCGAAUACUUCCAUAACUCCCGUCAUGAAAAUCCAAGAACAUGUUCGUCAACCAGAAGAACACGUCGUCCAAGGAUUCUGGAGCAAUGAUCGGCCGCAGCAAGAAACUGUUGACUUUGUGAUUCGGAAGAUUGAAGUAUUGAAGAGUAUUCUGAAUUGUUACUCUGUUGCUGAAUGUCGAGGAACCAUGAACAUUUCAGAAGUAGUGAAAGAUGCAUUUGCUGUAAGUGACCAGACUUACUAUAAGAUUCUGAAAGUAUUGGGAUCAAUGCAAAGUGCUGAAAUUCCUGAUACAGUCAAAGAAACUCUUUCGAAAAAUCUUCAAAUUCUGAAUUUGCCACCAGUUGAGUCAUUAAUUAAUUCGGUCCAACAAGAAUCCUCAGUCGGCAAAACAAUUCGAAAUCAACAAUUGGCUCAGUUCUUAUUCAAUUUCAAAUCUUCCGUUGAUUAUGAAAUUGGAAUAACCGCGAACCUUUCUCAAUCAUCAGAAAAAGAGAAGAUAGUUCUCAACAAUUUGGUUGCAAUUCUUUCAUCUGUUAAUCUCUCGAACAUCGUUCGAGAGAACGUCCCACUUCCAACUUCUGAAGAAUCCGUACUUGACUUCUCGAUUCAACUUCCAGAAACCAACCGUUCAAUCACGACAACUCAAGAUUAUGUGAAUGUUCUCAGACAUUAUCUUCAAACAUUCGCUAUACAAAGAACGUCGACUGAAGUGAACAGAGUCAUUGAAAUUAUCAAAACUUCUCAAAGCUUCCAUUUGGUUCAUACGACAGUUCUUGAGGAAAUUAAAACUAUUCAAUUGAGAAUGGAAGUUUUGAAAAAAGUUCUUUUGAAUCAAGCAACGGCCGAAGAAAUUCUUCAAGAAGCAUUCCAAAGUAGUGAACAACAAAUGGAAGUAUUCCAGAGAAUCAUUGAGAAUGUGCAUUGGGAAGAGACUCAACUAACAGAAGAUAUCAUCCGAAAUCUGAGAAUCAACUUCAGUGCAAUUCCUAAUUUCGAAGGAUCACUCGGGUGCUUGACAGCUCCAGAAGAGCAGCAACAUUCAGUUGAUACCAAUGUGUCGUCAGUGAGACGUGCUGAUGCUGUAAUUAAUCUAAUGGCAGCUGCUGACAAUGCGAUCUCAACUAGUUCUUGUCUUUCAAUGAUGGAAUCAGAUGAGAGACUUCUUCACAAAACAAUGCUGAAGACAAUGGCUGUUUGUGAUUUGACUGCACCAGCAGCUAGUUCAGAAAUCGAAACUAUGACUCAAGGUUUCUAUCGGAAAGUUGAAGAAUUCAAUACCGAAAAGCAAGUUUCUGAAAAACUGAUGAGUAAUGCUGAGAUGGAAGCUUUUGAGACAUCAGAGGAAGCCGUCCACGGUCUUUGGUCAAGUCGAAAAGAGAAGGAAACGUCUCAAAUGAUCCUCCAGGCAAGAGAACUCGAAAAAGCUACUCUUGCAACAUUGGCAAGUGUCGAAGAAGAGAAUUCAAUUUAUACUGAAUUGGCAUCUUUCGGUUCAAAAGAACAAAUCGAGAAGUUGGUUUCCAUUGAACUGCGAGACAUCAUUGAAAACAGUUUUGGUAUUUCGGAGCAAAGUUUGGAUAAACUUCUGGAAAUUGUUCCGAAAAUGGAUUGGAGUAGUCUAACAAUGCCCAUCACUCAAAAAGAUCUUGUUGUGAGAAACUUGACAUUGCUUGUUCCAGCUGAAGCGAACACCAUGGAAUCGGUUGGAACUAUUCAGGCUCCACCCGAAGAAGAAGCUUUUGCUGAGCUGGAUCUGAAGCAAGCGAGAGAAGCAAAAGUGAUGAUGGAUAUUCAAGAAUGCGUAUUCACGACUUGUGUUGGAUAUACUGAAAUGAAUAAACCAAAUGAUUCAGAAGUAACCAGUUUCUCAGCGCUACUCGGUACUAUGUCUAUCUGUGAUCUUGUCACAAUGGCUGCUUCAAACAUUCAAGUUGACAGUAAAUACGACUACUAUCGUAGGCCAGCACCAAAGGCUGCAGAAGUCACAAUCACUGGGUGUAAUGCUGAUGCAUUUUCAUUGGCUCUGCAAGAAACUGGAGAAGUGACGUCAUCGGGUAUCUGGAGUACUGUAUCCACAUCUGAAGCUGCUAAAACUACUGUUUCCGAUAAGAUAAUCUCUGUUUCAAAAACACAAAUGUCGACUAGGGCAAGUAGUGAACAAGUUAUUAGUCAUGACCAUGAGUUGAAGAAAGAUUCCGCAGAAACAAUUGAAAAGAAAAUUCCAGAUUCCCUUCAAGAAACUCUUCAGCAGAAUUAUUCCAUCGAUCGAUCCGAUUCGAAUGUUCAAAUUCAAGGUGCUACUGCUUCUGAGUCAUUCGAAGUAAAGUAUCCAGAAUCAAGAGAUGAUACUGUUAGUCAAACUAUGAGGUCUCAAAGUCAGAAAGAUCUUCAAUUCGGAGGAACAUUUGGAGAUCUUCAACCACCUCUUCCACAAGAAGAAGAUACUGAAAUGACGAUACGUCAAAGCAGACUCUACAGAUCUUCAAGUCAAGUAAGAGCUCCUUCUGAAGAGUCAAUUCACAGAACAGAAGCAUUGAGAAGAUCAGAAUCAUUGGAAUCAAAUGCCAGAAAGACUUUUGUCGAAAAAAGACGCGAUAGCAUUUCAAUGAGUCAAAAAGCUUCUGUGGAAAGAGAAACAAGCAUGGAAGCAAGAGUUUUAAGACCAGAAGUCUCCGUUCCAGUUGAAUCUCUUCAGAAGACCAAACCUAAGGAAUUGACUUCUACCUCAAUUGCUGAAUCAAAAGAUUUGAAUGUCUGUGGAAGUUGGACAACAGCUAAACCUCCAAUUGGAGCAAAGGUUUCCCUUCAAACUAAAAAAGUACAGAAAGAGGUCACUUCAGCCACGAUGACGGUAGCUAGUGCUAGUGUUAAUUGUGAAGAUCAUUGGUUCGUGCUAAGAGCAUUGAAGAAGUGGAAAGAGAAUUUGGAGUGGAAGUGGCAUCGACAGAAAAGAUCUUGGAGAAGAGAGAACAGAUUGAGUCGUGGAUUAAGAGCUUACCACAGAGUAUGGAAGUUGAAGAGACAGCAGAAUUUGGAGAUGAUGAAGUGA